CUUCCAACUCUGCCAGAAACAUGCCAAAGGCCCCAGUGGGGCUCAGGACUCCAUCUGGCACCAGACCUGGAGGAGUACAGGAAGAACGAAGAAGUGACGCUGAGCUGCCCUGAGGGUUUACAGCCAUCCUACACCCACGUCAGAUGUGCAGGACGUGAUGGGACUUUUGAUGAUGCUGGAUCAUUUUACGGAGACACGUGGCAGGGGAGGAACAGCACCGGUGCCUGGAUUCCCAUUGAGGGGACUGUGCAGUGUCUUGAGGCCUUCCAGAUUGUCCCUGGGACCCUGGAGGUUUCCAGCACCAGCAUCAAACUGAACUGGACCUGCAGCUUCCCUGAUGCCUGCCAGGGCAUGCAGGCCACGUGCCGCCUGGCAGGGCCUUCCUCUCCUCCCUGUGAGGCUGAGCAGGUCACUGGAGUGGAGUUCCUACACGGUCAGAAGGGAACAUUCACCUGCCCACCUCUGCAGCCCUUCACUGAGUACAUUGUCACCAUCUCGGUGCCCGCCAGCACAAACCUGUUCUCACAGCUCAUCAAGACAAAAGAAACAGUGCCACAGAAGCUGGAGCAGCUGCAGCUGAAUGCCAGCACAGGGAUGAUCACGUGGAAGGCGUUGCCCUCCUGCCAAGGGAAGAUCGUUGGGUACCAGCUGAACAUCACGGCCAGGGCCUUGCAGGACGGCGGCUUCCUGCAGAUCAAGCGGCUGAGGCUGAGCAGCCAGACCACGGAGCACCUGCUGCCCGCAUACAGCCCUGGCACCAGGUAUACUGUGGCUGUGCGGGGCCUCACAGCCGUGGGUCCUGGAGCUGCAUCACUGUGGGAGUUUCACACCAGCGGCUCAGAGACCCCAGGGCCACCUGAUGGCUGCUCCUAUCUCAUGCUCAAUGUCUCCCCAUCCCAGGGGACAGCCAUUCUUCCCCUGCACCCCAUCUCCCAGGCCUCUGAGGCAGUAAGUGAGCACCAGCUGCUCGUGGCUGUGACACACAACAGCACGGUGCUGGAAGAUGCCUGCUCGGGGGAGCUGCAGCCCUCCAAUGACAGCCACCCGCCUGACCCCUACGUGGCCGCCGUGCUCAACCUCAGCGCACCCACAGAUUUCAUGCUGGGUGAUGGGACCCGCGGGCAGGGCUUCCACAAUGCUCCCCUGCGCCCGGGAUGGGACUACACCGCCCUCCUGCGCCUUGUCCGGCGCUCACCGCAGGCGGAGACAUUCACCUGCGUGUGCUACAGCUUCUCCAUGGUUUCAGGGCAGUUUCUGGGCUCCUGGCCAUGGACAGCGGUCACAGUGGUGGUUGUGCUCUCAGUGAUGGUCACUCUCUCUGCGGUGAUUGUGUGGUUCGUGCUGUCCAGGAGAAGGAAGGCCGUGCCCAUCAAAGCCGAGGAGGAGCAUUAUAUAGAGCUGCAGCCCUAUGAAAACUCAGACGUCUACUGCGUGAUCAAGGGGAGAUCUCUGUCAAAAGAAGAGGCAGGUACAGGUGGCCAGGACAGAGAGCCAGCAUCCCCAUCUCUGCCCGUCCUGGAGCCCUCAGGAGACUGACCAAACAGUGUGGGAGUGGAGAAGAUGGGGAGAACAUCCCUGGAUCAGUGGUGAUGGCACUUCCCAUUGCCUCUUUGUGAGUCUUGGUCCGGCACAGCUGGAAGCAGGACUGCAUGUAUGUUGCGCUGUGUUAUUGCUCCCACCCAUGUUUUCACUGCCCCAUCCUCACGCAGGGCUUCCCAGCUCCUCUCCACCUUGUGUCCCCGUACCCAUCGAGCCCCAGAACUCUGCUGGAGUUUGGCCCAAGUGCGCUGCCCUCGCAUCUGUGCUGCUGUGUCUGAAGAGCCAAUAAAUUGUUUUGGUUUUCAAGGGGCUGCCUGCUCCUUACUACA